AUGUAUAUUUUACUCAUUCUGGUCCUGCUGGUCGUAAUUGUGGGUUUUCUUGCCGGUGCCAUCAUUUUCCCUGCCUAUUCCUUGUACGUGUCUCCCUACCUUCCCACAUCGACCAAUCUCAACAACUUCGCAAGCAAUCAUUCGCGAAGCUUCACCGAACUGGGUCAGGAUCUUUUUGUGUAUAAAAACUUCUCCACCAGUGCUGUUCAUCUCCCCAAGAACUAUCUCUCCUUGCUCAACAUCACGAUCGAGCACGGUCUUUCUUCCUUUGCCGAAUGCAGCGACAUCCUCGAAGAAGGGAGAGAUCUCCUCCACUUCAUUGACGAUAUUCGAACCCUUUCCGACUCCAAAGAGUCCGUUCUGUCCUCCUUCCCGUCCAUCGACACCAUUCUUGCAGGCGUAAACGUGACUUUUUCGCCCUAUUAUGACUAUCUCCCCACGCAAGUCCCGCUCGUGCAGAGCGUAAUCACCUUCUUCAAAGCAGGGAACUAUUCGUUCGCAGCCAUCAAGCAGCUCACGGACGAACAGCACGUUUUUGCGCAGGAUCCGAUGGAGCUUCGGAUCUCCGACUUCAUGGAACUCGCGCUGAAUCCGCUCUCUUUAUUCAAUGCGUCCUUCCUGCAGGACGUCAAGCUGCUCUCCAGCGGCAUGAUUCAAAACGUCACGGACGUCACGAGCGAUUUCUAUGAGAAGUCCUCGUCGAUGUAUCAGCGACUGCACACUCUCACAGCCGCAUUUUUCAAUGGAGGCGAUCUGGGCGGGUUUGAAGAGAUCCCAGCGGAGUAUUUGGAGAUGUUCAAGCUGUUGCAGAGCAAGUAUUUGUUCUAUGUGGAGCGAGGAACGCGAUUCGUGCAGAUCGUUCCGCAGUUUACCAACUGUAUGGCGGAGCAGUCGAUGGAGCGGCUCCAGGAAUUGAAAGGGUUUGUGGUGAAGAAUUAUUUGGGAUACUUCAAGCGACAUUUCCUUUACACGUUGUUGGUUGUGCUGGUUGAAUUACUGCUGAUCGGAUUGUUGGUGUGGAUGAUUGUGGUGGGAGUGAGGCUUGCGAAAGAGACGCUGGCCUAUGCGAAGUCGCUGCUUGUUCAGACGUCAAUGAACACAGUGAAUGCCAUCAAUCAGCUGGGGAAGGCUAUGAAGGAGAAGGAGAAGGAGAAUUAG